GCUUAGUAUACUCAUAUGCUUACUGAAGAGAACAGAACAUUAAGUCUCGUAUCUUUGAAGAAAUUCUUUAUCUACUGAGUGAUUUGCAAGAUGAAUAGCGCCCUAAUCCUUCUGGUGGCCGUUGGUCUUUCCUGCUUGAUGGCAGUCCAAGCAACCUCAUUCGGCGUUCUAGCCGGCCUAGGAGCCUUGACGAGCGCUAUAAGCAAACGGAGAUAUCACGGUGCAAGCCAUGGACGCGGCCAUGGCCAUGGAUAUAGAGCUCCUAAAAGGAAGUACCGUCUCCGCUACCGCCGCUCCGUCGCAGCAGCUGAUGAGGAAGAUGACGACCUGAUUUUGUCUGCAGUAGGACAGCUGGAUGCCGACACCUGCAUCCCCAAGAUGUUUUGCGUCCUGCAGGCGAAGGAUGAAUCCGAUCGCACACUGAAAGAGAAACAUGCUUGUGGAAUCUUAAGCGAUAAUACCAUGAACCCAAACUCCUACAACGCUGCCUUCGUCUACGCUAGAGUCGUCGCCACUAAGGGGAGAAAGACUCCUCCGUCUGCAAGAAGGUUUUCCCAAAUGUUUCACUUGUUAUAUGUGUUGGCAUCUUCCUAUGGUAUUAGAGCCAUUCCUAGAAGAGUGGCACAAGGCAGCUACUAUNUCGUCGCCACUCAGGAGAAAGACUCCUCCGUCUGCAAGAAGGUUUUCCCAAAUGUUUCCACUUGA